AUGGCCGAAUUCGUGCGCGCCCAGAUCUUCGGCACCACGUUCGAGAUCACCAGCCGAUAUACGGACCUGCAACCGGUUGGAAUGGGUGCAUUUGGCCUGGUCUGCUCGGCAAGAGACCAAUUGACCGGCCAGCCGGUCGCCGUCAAGAAGAUCAUGAAGCCCUUUAGCACCCCGGUGCUCUCCAAGCGAACCUAUCGCGAGCUGAAGCUGCUCAAACAUCUGCGACAUGAAAACGUCCGUCUCCUCAUCGCGGGCCUCAGUGAUAUCUUCAUCUCCCCACUCGAGGACCUCUAUUUCGUGACCGAGCUUCUGGGGACCGAUCUCCACCGCCUCCUGACUUCCCGGCCGCUGGAGAAACAAUUCAUCCAGUACUUCCUCUACCAAAUCUUGCGUGGGUUGAAAUACGUUCAUUCGGCCGGUGUGGUCCACCGAGACCUGAAACCCAGUAACAUCCUCAUUAAUGAAAAUUGCGAUCUCAAAAUUUGCGAUUUUGGCCUUGCCCGCAUCCAGGAUCCGCAGAUGACCGGCUACGUCUCAACCCGGUACUAUCGGGCUCCCGAGAUCAUGCUCACCUGGCAGAAAUACGACGUGGAGGUGGACAUCUGGAGUGCGGGUUGCAUUUUCGCGGAAAUGUUGGAAGGAAAGCCGCUGUUCCCCGGCAAGGACCACGUGAACCAGUUCUCGAUCAUCACGGAGCUUCUGGGUACUCCUCCGGAUGAUGUGAUUGGAACCAUCUGCAGCGAAAACACUCUCCGGUUCGUCAAGUCGUUACCAAAGCGUGAACGCCAGCCCCUCGCCAUGAAAUUCAAGAACGCGGACUCCGAUGCCGUGGACAUGCUCGAGCGCAUGCUGGUUUUCGACCCGAAGAAGCGCAUCCGGGCCGAGGACGCACUGGCCCACGCCUACCUGGCACCAUACCACGAUCCGACCGACGAGCCGGUCGCCCAGGAGAAGUUCGACUGGUCGUUCAAUGACGCGGAUCUGCCUGUGGACACCUGGAAGAUCAUGAUGUACUCGGAGAUUCUUGACUUCCACAACAUCGAUCAAAACUCGGAGGCAGGCCAAAUACUGGUAGAGGGCGGCGUACAUGGCAACCAUCAGCACUCCUUCGCAUAG